GUUGAUGAAAAACGUUUUUCACGUGGUAGUGAACUGGACAGUGUGUCAGUUGGCAGCCAAAACUAUCGUUUACCGCCACCAUCUGCCAGUAAAUCGGCUAGCAAUCGAUUAGGUCAAUUUUUGCGAAAAAUUGGCGCUUCAAAACCACCAGGAAACGCUGCUUCGCUUGUUUCGCUUAAUAAGGUUGCCAGUGAAAUGCUACCGAGCGGUCCAGCUCCGCUGAUGAAAAGUAACAGUCUUAGUCAUGAUCCGUGGAAAAAACACAUUGUGCAGAAUGUCGAUGCUAACAGUCAACGUGGUAAGAUUACAGUUUUUGCAUGA